AAUGAAGAUCUUAUUAGUUCUUAUUGUCUUUGUGGGUUCUGGUGUUUGGGCCACACCAAAUAAUUCCACCAAAAAUCUUCACCCAGCUACCGGUUUAUCAUUUGUUGAUUUUGUGAAAUAUUUCGGAUAUCCAAUUGAAGUAUACGAAAACAUCCAAACUGAAGAUGGGUAUUUAUUAACGAUGCAUAGAAUCCCCCACGGGAAAAACAACGCAGAUCAACCCAAAAAAGGAGUCGUCUUAUUAGUUCAUUGUUUAACAUGCAGCGCUACUAUUUAUACAAUGUAUGGUCCGGAGAAAGGUUUAGCUUUUAUUUUAGCCGAUCAAGGAUAUGAUGUUUGGAUGCCCAACGCAAGAGGUACUGAGUUUUCAAGAAAACACAUUUCAAUGAAUCCCGAUGAUAAGACAGGCGCUUUUUGGAGAUUUAGUUGGCACGAAAUCGCUUAUUACGACCUCCCAGCUUCUAUUGAAGUAGUUAAAGAGAAUACGGGGGUUGAAAAAAUGAUGUAUGUUGGAUUCUCACAAGGAACGACAACUUUCACUGUUUUAGCAGCAACUCGUCCAGAAUACAACGAUCUAUUCAGUUUAUCCGUUUUAUUAGCACCUGGAACGUAUUUUGCUAACAUAAAAAAUUCAUUUUUAUUACUUUUAGCGAAACAUCUCGACCCAUUAAUGGAACUCGUAAAAGAUAUUAUGUGGUUCGAAUUUUUACCAAAUUAUCAUCUUUUCGAUGCAUUGGCCGUAUUUUGUAAUGGAUUCGGACAAGAAUUUUGUACAGAAUUUUUCCUUACCUUCCUCGGUGUUUCCCCAGAUCAACUCGAACAAAGUUGGUUGCCAGUUUUUGCAACAUUUAUACCUUCUGGUUGUUCAGCUAAUCAAUUGAUUCAUUACGGACAGUUAAUCGUUUCGAAGAAAUUCCAACAAUACGAUUAUGGCUUAGAAGAAAAUUUAGCUGAAUAUGGUACACCAACACCUCCAGAGUACGAUGUAAGCAAAAUCACCACACCCGUUGCUAUUUUUUAUGGUGCAAAUGAUGAAAUUAUUACUGAUGAUGUCGAAAAUUUCGCUGCCGAUUUACCAAAUUUGAUUCAUUUACAAUUAGUCGAUGAUCCAAUGUUUAAUCACAUCGAUUUUAUACUCAAUGCUAACGUUAUCGAAUUGGUUUAUAACGAUGUUUUAGCACUCAUGAGUAAAUAUGUAUAA